AUGACACUAGAUGAUGACUAUCGCAUCAGGAUUCUUCUUCUCCCCCGGCGCAGGAAAGCAAUCGACCUCUCGCUGUCCAACGAACCAGGACUCGCACCUUCCUCCCCCGAUCUAUAUCUGGGGUUCCGAUUCCGAUCGCCACUGGAUUCCGCCAUUUCAUUCUCCAGAUCCCGAUCUGUUGGAGCCUGGUUUUCUGAUCGCCGAGGUCGGUGUCGGAGGGUAAAAAGUCGAGUUUUCAUAUCGGAUCCUGAUGUCCCUGCCGGCGCGAUCCACGCGAGCCCGCCUGCUGGAGCAGCUAUCUAUGGCUUCGCGAACUUCCAUCUCAACUCCCGCACCGCCUCCUUCUCUGCCCAUGUUUCUUCCUCAGCUCCGAGGCCCAUCGGCGGCGGCUUGUCCCGCAUCUUCUCGUCCUCCGCUGCCACGCGCCACGUCGGCGGCGAUGAUUUGAGAUGCGACAGGCCGGACGAGCUCGGGAGCUCGUACUCGUAUUCUUCGUCGCCUUUCAAGUGCGGGGACCACAGCCCCACGUCGGUGUUCCACGGUCCGUGCAGCGGGAGCGGAUCUUCCCGGAGUCCGCCUCGGAUGAGGAAUCCGAUCGGGAGCGAUUGGAGAACGGGAAAAGAUGGGUUCUUCAAGCGUUUCGUUCGGAAUGCCGUCAGCCCUUGCCUGGAUUACGAUUCCCCCAGCUUCUCUGGCAGCCAUUUCUGCAUCGAAGAGUGGCCUUUUGGUUUUGAUGACUGUACGAUGGACAUGAUGCCGAAGAGUUGUUUCAAAGGCUCAGUCAAGGCAUGAUAUUUUCCAUGAGGAGAUCGUUGUUAAGGCUUUCCACGAAGCAGAGAAGGCUCACAGGGGGCAGAUGAGGGCAAGCGGAGAUCCUUAUCUGCAGCACUGUGUUGAAACAGCUGCACUGCGCACAGAUUGGGGCUAAUGCUACAGUAAUUACUGCAGGUCUUCUACAUGAUACGCUAGAUGAUUCUUUCAUGGAUUAUGACCAUAUUUUAAGGUCAUUCGGAGCUGAGGUAGCUGAUUUAGUGGAAGGGGUAUGCUUUUUUUCAUUCUUUCAAAAUGUUCCUUUAGCUAUGGCAUCUGUUAUAUUUGUUGCUUAUGAAUCUAAUAAUGUGAUUUUGUUUGCCAUAGUUCUUCUACCGUCCAAGUCAAAUGAAUAUCCAUAUGUUUCUUUUUUUUGUGGAGACAAAUUGUUUUUUUUCUUUUCUAUCUUGAAAGUACUGUCAAAGUUUAGUGUCAAGCUAAUAAAAAUUUGAAGCUAUAUAUUACUAUCUAACUAUGUUGAUUGUCAAGCAGACGACCUCAUGCAGGAAAGAAUUCAGUGAAAACAUUAAUAGUUAGCUUAGCUGUAGGCAAAAAAAUUUAAUUUUAUGUCCUCCUACAACACCCUGCUCAUUAAUGCUCUAUGCCUGUUUUGAACGGGUUGUUGAAGCUCUAUAUGUAUCAUGUCCUGACCGUGCAGAGUCUCCUAACACGAAAAUGCAUCUGAUCUCGUCAGAUUAAAAAAGUGAAGUUGGUAGAAAUGACAAAGGUUACAACGACAGAGUAGUCUCCUUAGCUGUCUUGGCAUCGAAAGAGCAGCUGUCUUGGCAUUGAAAGAACAUGUUAAGUAAAGUAAUUUAUUGUGAAAGGUUAUUCUUUGUAGGUUAUAAGUAAAGCAUUGCGAUAGCUUUGGAAGUGCAUUUAGAAGAGACGAGUGAGAGUCAGAUGGAUCAAUACGCCGCCCUAACAUCUACAGCAGCAUACGUAGCUGCGCAAGCCGCCGCCAUAGCUCCUCCCGCCUCCUCCCCUCUCGCUGAAGCCACCGCCACCGCCGAUGCCGCCGCCAACGCCGCCACUGCAAACCCCGGCGGCGCCGCCGCCGGCCCCGCCCCCCCCGUCGCCCCCGACGCCCCUCAUGUUGCCGGGGGCGGCUUGGUCUACAAAAAUAUUACUAAUUAUUGGUAGAACAACACUGCCGAUCAUUCGGCAUUGAAGGGAGAAGAAACGUCUUUAGAGGCAGUUUUGACUAUCCUAACCGACCCAUGCUAUUUUAUCACCUUCAUUCUCCCCUUCACUUGUUUUAGCUUUACUUUUCCAUAUAUUGUUGGUUGUGUUGACUCUCAUUAGCCAACAAAUGUUGCUGCAAGUAUCAACUUGGAAUUUGUAGUCAUAUACUGAUGUGCUUACUGGCUGUCAAAUGCUCAAGCUUAACUGAUCGAUAAUUUUAUUUUUUAUUUUUUUGGUUUUCUUGCAGAUAUGUUUGAAUGAAAAUUCACUGUGCUUGUUUGAAAUCCUAAAGCAUGCACCUCUAAUAAGUAUGGUUGAAGUUUAUUGAGU